AUGGCAGGCGAAAGCACAUCUACUUACCCCCAGGCUUCGCAAGCCCCCCGCAAGCGCAAGCUGUCGGCCAACUACGAUGGCCCAGGUCCGUCAGCGAGUAAUACCACUGGCGCCUCCGCCGAUGCGUUGGUGGGUUCACAAGAAUAUAAGCAGGUUGCCGGUGAGAAGCCCAAGAAGCCGCGCAGGAGCAGAGGUCAAGACGAAGAGAAGAGACUCCGCAGGUUCCGCCCAAAACCACCGCAAAGCUUCAAUGAGAUCUACCACCGUGCAACAUCCCAACGAUUUUACGUCUUAAACAGAUCUCGAUGUGGCACCGCAAAGUGCCCAGAGGAACGUGUUGAGCUCACAGGAUCUACUGGCAACAUCUAUACAGUACAUAUCAGCCGUCGACCAAGCUGCAACUGUCCGCACGCUGAGCAGGGGAACCAAUGCAAGCACAUGUUAUACGUAAUGUCACGCGUUCUCCGGGCACGGUAUGAACUCGUCUAUCAGCUGGCACUGCUGUCAACAGAGCUUGUCGAGAUCAUAGCAGGCGCGCCUCCGAUCGAGGUUGGCGAUGAUGCUGAGAAGCCCAAGGAAGACAAGAACCGCAAGGCAGUUGAGGGUGAUUGUCCCAUCUGCUUCAUGCCCUUCGAGGACACAGAAGCAACUGUGUAUUGUCGCGCGACUUGUGGUCAGAAUAUGCACAAACAAUGCUUCGAAAUGUGGGCAGCAACAAAGUCUCGCGACAGCGUCACCUGCCCCAUGUGCCGGACAAAAUGGCAAGGCGACGAUGAUAUGGUCAAGAAGAUCCGGAACACAGGCGUGGUAGGCCGAGAUGGCUAUGUCAAUGUUGCUGAUCAGUUGGGCAUCAGCAGGAUACAAGUACAUAUUACUCUGGACGACGUCGAGGUUAUGGGCACUACAGAUCGUGGCCUGACGAUGGAACUCAUCACAAGCUCAAAGCCUUAUGAAUGUGCGGUAGCAAUUCUAAUCAGCAUCAAGAACAGCUAG